AUGCAAGAAGAAAACACCAUUAUUAAUACUCUCCAAACACUGACCUCUCCUUGUGAUUCUCAAACACGACAAAGUGCUGAACAUGUAUUAUUAAAUUCAUUACCACAAUCAAUUCCUGUAUUAUUGAAUAUUUCAUUAAGUAAUUCAGUAGAUCCAAAUCAAAGAUUAUUAGCUGCUAUUGUUUGUAAGAAUAAUUUAGUUACAAACCAAUUACCACAACAAGAUAUUGCAGCUUGUGUUAAUCAAGUGUUACCUCAAAUCCAUACUUGUCCUCAAAGGAUUGGAACAAUGCUUUCAUUCUUCUUAGAAGCACUUACUAGAAAUGAUAAAGUUAGUAGACUUGCUUUAAUUAAUGAAUCGAUUAGAAGAUUACCAGCGUCAUUACCUGUCUUAGACGCUUUAUUGUGUUAUUCAUUUAUUGAUAGAUCAAUAUUAAAUUCUCUUUGUUCUAAGAAUGGUGGAUGUGCUGAUCUCAUCCAAUUAAUACAAACACAGACAAAUCCUUCUGCAAUGAAAAUUAUUGGAAGUAUUAUUUCAUUCAUUGGUAUGGAUUGUCCUGAAUAUUUAAAUAAUGAGGUUUUUCAACAUUUACCUGAUGCCUUAGAAUCAAUAUUAAAUUCAGAAUCAAUUCCAGCAUGGUAUCAUGCAUUAUCAUUAAUUAGACUUUUAUGUUCAGAUGCACCUGAAUUAAUUAGUAAAUAUUUUACUAAGUUAUUACCAUGUAUUUUAAUGGUUAUUCAAAAGAUUAUUCAACAACAACAAAAUAAUCAAUGGCAAUCAUUAGAAAUAGUUAAUGACCUUUCUUUUGAUAUUAAAGAUGGAGUGUUAAUUGUCUUAGUAGAUGUACUUUCUGCUUUUGCAGCAUUAGACUGGUAUCAUAAAUAUAAUAUAGAAAAAGUUAAUGACAUAGUUACAUUUGUUGUACGAAUUAUGUGUAGUCAAGUCCAAGAUUGGUCAUUUCCUUUUGAUACAUUAUCUCAUAAUUCUGCACAAAAUGUACUUCAAACAUCAUCUACAACAUUACCAGAAGCAGGAAUUAUUUUCUUUCAUAAUAUUAUACUUCACCAAAUAGUACCUGUAAAUGUAUUAUUUAUGAGUAGUUUUCAAUUAUUAGAACAAGGAGAACAAUUAUUAAUAUUACAUAAACGUAACUUUGUAAAUAUUAGAGGAACAGGACUAUUAAUAUUAAGUAUUUGUGCUAAUUAUUUAACAAAAGCACAUAUCCCAAUGCAAAAAGAAGUUAAUAGUAUUAUUAUUAAUGUUGUUAAAAAUGAUUUUCAAUUAAUUGGUAUGAUGAAUAAUGAAGACUUUGUUGAUCAUGAUAUUUGUUAUGCAUUAACUUGUAUAUCAUCUGUAUUACCAUCAGCAACAUAUUCCGAUUUAGCUUUUUUCUUAACUGCUUUAUCUAAUGCAUUUAAUAAAUUUAUCUAUUGUCCUAUAGUAUUACCUUAUUUCUUAAGAUUACUAACUCAUUGCCUUUCAAUUCAAGACUUUACAAUAUCCCCUUUUUAUACUUCUUUCUUUUCUGCAUUAUUAAAUUCACUUUCAGUUAGUUCAGAUGAAUUACCAUUUGUUUUAGAUGCUUUAUCAGCUUAUUGUAGAUAUUUACCCCCAGCAGGUACAUUAUUUCAACCAUUAGUAGCUUCAUUAUUACGUUGUUUUUUACAUAAUCCACUUUCUCCUAAAGUUAGAAAUUCAAUGAUUCAAAUUUUCACUACUUUAUUUAAUAACAGAGCUAUUUUCUUAAAGGUUGUUGAAUUUUUAUUCUCUCCUUUACCAACUAUUUAUGCCUUUUGUUCAAGACAAAGUUCUGAUUAUCCAACACAAACAAUAUUAAUGGUAUCAAAAGUUAUAGUUAAGUAUUCAAUGGCACUUGGUGAUGAAUUAAAGAAAUUAUUAUUAUUAUCUUUAAGUGCAGGAAAAGCAACUUCUCAGUGUUUAGAAUUAUCUAUUGAUAUUAUGAUAGAAACAUUAAGAAAGUAUGUUAAUAUCAUGGAAACUGAUGACGGACAAAAUAUUGUAUCACUCAUGUUACAAAACCUUGAUGAAGCUGUUAAAAUUGGAUUAAUGGAAGAAGAAUACCUGUUAAAGAAAGCAUGUGAAGCAUUAAUGCUCCUUGGAAUGUUUCAUGGUAAUAAAAUUGGUCAAGAAAUAGUUCAAAUUGCUGCUAGGGGUAAUGGAAAAGGAAAUAGUGAUUUAGAAAUUGUUUUAGCAAGAGCUUUCAUAUCCUGCAAAGAGAUUAAGACAAAACUCACUCAAUACUUACCUGAACUCUUUAAAAAUGCAGUUAAAAUGCAUGAAAUGGUAAAAGAAAAAGGAACAUAUCAAGGAAAAAUUCAUGGAAUGUAUGAAGCACAAUUAAUUGAUUUUGAAGAAGUUGAUAAUCUAAGAGAUGAAAAAGGAGUACCUUUAACUAUUUUAUCAUUAUUAAGUCUAUAUCUUGAUCUUAUUGGAAUGGAACAAAUUUAUAUAAAUGAAAAAAAUACUAUGGAACAAAGUAGAGCUAAUGGUAUGAACGAAAUGAGUGGUGAUGAAGAUUCUUGGUUUAGUGAUGAAGACAUAGAUAUGUAUACUCUUGGAGAAGAUUAUAUGGAAAUGUCAGAGGCUUUACAAAAUAAAGAAUUAGAUAUGUUGUCUCGAGAUGAACUUUUUUAUUCUAGUUACAAAGAUUUUCUCCAAAACUUUUUUAAUCAUUUUAAAAAUGAUUGUUCGAAACAACGAUUCUUAAGAAUACAACAAUCGGCUUUGAAUUAUAACAAAAGUCUCUAUGAAUUUUUGUCUAAAUGA